CACGAGGUCAAUAAUACCGCCCUUGACUACGAACCGUAUCGUCAUGUUCGUCAGGCGGUCCUCGUACGGUACAAUACAUUAUCUUCGAGGCGCGUCCAGUCAAGUACCACUCGGUGCCCCCGGUCCUCCGCUUUACGACACCAAGGUCACUCUCUUCCAAGUAAGACGUCUCCAUCAGAGGCUGGCCAUGCGAUUGAGUACUUGGACGAUCUGUGGGCCGAAUGAUCGCUGUGGUCCUUAGAUCACCCGCGUCAUUGCUUCGGCUACGGACGGUCCGUCGAAAGGCUAGACACCCGCUCGAGGCGUGCACAGGCUAUAGCUGGCCUUUAUCAGCUCGCCCGAAGAAAUGCUUAAACGUUUCCUCUGGCAUUGCAUUGUCAUUCGAUGCGCUUUCGUCGCACUUCCUUUCCAUGUCGCAUGGGGCACUAUUGGAAACCGCAAGUACGAGUGCGAGUUAACCCUAACGCAGAAUGAUGAAGCCCAGGAAGAGGUGAACAGGGGUUUACACAAAACGGCAGCUCUUAACAUUUGAAUAGGCGCCCUCGCUCACUGCUCCUUAACAUUUUACUUUCCCUUUUUGUUUCAAAUUGCCUCGCCACCACUGCUGGGAUUUGCGACCUGCUUUAAGGAAUCUACUAUACCUGGGGACCAAUAUCCGGUCCACUACAUGACGCCCGACCGAAGGUGCUUAUCCCCAAUCUCUACUGCAAGCAUUCGAGUUCCGGUGAUACUUGGUGGCUGUCCAGGGAGCAAUUGUUUAGCGGGUCCUGAUCGCAAGGAGGAAUAAACAGGACAAGCAUCGCUAUCCGACCUAUUUACUGCCCGUUCCUUCAAGGUGCCGCCCGCUAGCCUUCCCUAAGCCUCCCGCUUUAUAGGCCGUGGUGCCGCCCACCGUGUUAGCACCCACACCUCACGAUUGAGAAAGCUCUCCUUGUCUAUUGUACAAAUUGUAUUCAUCAAGACAGGCACGCCUUCAUAUGUGAAGUGACAUAUUGUUGGAGUGACUGUUGACCUAAGAGAGACGGAAUAGCAGAAUCGCACCCUUCGCAACCUCUCUCCCGUUCGAGCUGUCGGGUUUGACCAAACACGACGUACCCUGUACAGAAACCCUGCCGACUUUCUGCAGCCUAAGGAGGCACCCCUCACACACAUAAAGCGAGCCCUGUCGCUUUCCCUUUUGGCUCUUGUUCAGGCCCUAGUUCAGCACAUACCCUAGUCCGACGCUCUCGCCGUCAAGUCACCCCCCGGUGCUUGUGCUUCGAUCAGAACGGCCGGUUCUCAUCCCACACUCAUAGCACCUCCACAGCGCCCACCAUCAAGACGACCUCCCUCUUUCAUAUGCUUCUGGUUUUCUCACCAAGUAAGCUAGUGUUGGGAUAGUCCUGGCACCUUUGCCUCUUCCUCGUCCUAACAUUUUCUCGUUGCUCUAUUGUCUGGACUCUUGAACACAUCUCGCAUUCAGGUGCUUGUGUGGACUUGACGGAUACCUGCAUGUGCGUGCAACGACACUGGUCCACUGGCAUGCAUCGUCAUAGCAGUAUAUCAGGUUAACCAUCAAAGCACGCUUAAAAGGCUUGAGCGCCAAUGCAGGCCUUGAUGAUCAUGCCGCCAGAGCAACAGGACUCUCAAGCAUCUGGCUACGACCAGAAUGGGUGGAUGAGCCUCCCUAGCUCUUACUCUACGAGCCCUCAAACAUCGGUGUCACCAAUGCAAGAGCUGUCAUCAUUCGAUUAUCAGACACCAAAUCCAAUGCCUUUGGAGCCGUCGUACACUAUGCAUCGGCCUUCGCCGUUCGCUGCGUCUCAACCUCAAAUGCUACCACCUUUGAUGACAGCACAUAAUGGACUGUGGCCCAGCAUGUUGGCGAGCCAGCAGCCACCACCAUCUUACCAUACACCAGUGGGAACGUCUGGAUCUCUGCAAACGCCGUUGUCUGCAAGCACGGCAUCGGAUGCCACUCCAACAAGCGCCAAAACCAACACUUCGAGGCGCAAGCUGACGGACGACGAACGCCGUCAGAUGUGUAUCGAAGCGGAGCAAAAUCCAAGUAUGAAACAGACACAAAUUGGAGCCAAAUUCAAUGUCGAGAGGAGCACCGUGUCAAAGAUUCUGCGACAGCGGGAGAGAUACAUGAACCCCCAAUCCAAGGAAGAAAGCACGAGCCCUAGUGUAAAGAAGUCGAAGGCAAAGCUCCCAGACUUUGAAAAAACAUUGACGAACUGGGUCAAGAAGCAGCAAAUCAAAGGAACGCCCAUCACGGAUGAAGACCUUCGCAAACAAGUGAAGGUAUUUUCAUUCAGCAGAAGCGAUCAGGCCGUAGUAUCCAGUGCCGCGUGGCUGGAGGCUUUCAAACGCAAAAAUCAUCUAGUUUCCAGCCAGAGAGCCGAUUGUGAGCUCACCUUAAUUGAUUCCAGCACAACGUCCUUGUCGCAUACACCUGCAGAUGAAUCUCCAACAUCAUCAAACGGACUGGUUUCGCCUGCAAUGUCCACAAUUGAUGAACUGCGCCUCAAAAGGGAAGAUACACAUGAAUUUUUCGACUUCGACACAGGAAAGGACUCUCAUGAUCAUUCACCAUACAUGGACCACGACUUAGGAGAACCGGCCCUGAGAAACUUGCUGUCUCCCCUCUCUCCGGAAUUAUCGCAGGCAGACCCAGACGGAUUUUCCAUGAUGGAAGCCAUGUCCGACAACAGGAGCAAUUCAAGCCGCCAGAGGAGCCAGACCUUUUCUCACGUCCCCGAUAUUGGUGUUGAGUCACGCCCCUCGUCGUCUUCAGGUAAAGCUCCGUCCCUGCCGGUGCGAUCAUUGAGCUCUACAUGUGACAGCGGGCUAUCUGGUAUCGACCCACGACAGAUGAUGAAAAGACAUAAGAGCGUGCCUGAUAUACACUAUCCUGAGCAAGCACGCUUCUCACCAAUGCCCCCACCGCCACUACCUAAAUCCGCAGAUACGUCCCCGGUUAGUCAUCCUGCAUCUCCCGCUGAAGAUGACAACAUUCGGGCCCUCCAUGCAAUCAAGGCACUUUUGGAACAGCAUCCUAACGUUGCUGAGCCAGAUGACUACUUGGCAAUUGGCAAAUUGAUGGAGAAAUUGAAGCUGCUGCGAUCUCCAUCCAACACGUUACUCCCGGGCGGCUUGCAUCCUAUGGACAUCAUGGACAGCCCACGUAUCUCGAAGAAAAGGACCAUCCUCGGGAUCUCUACUUGAGCCAGGACUACAUGUUCAGGUUUCUCACCAUCUUUUGAUACGUUUCUUGUGACAUUCCUUUGAACAUCAAUCAGUAUCGGCAUACAAUCACUGUUUUUAACGCAAACCACAAUUGGACAUUCCUUUCGACAUGAGCGAGGAGCACUAGGUGAGAUGGGAACACAGACACACAAGCAAGUAUGGUACCUCAGCAAGACCAACGAUCCAGCGCAAUGUCCCGGACCAUGGGCUGCAUAGCAGGAUCCAGGAGUAGUAUGUUUUUUUUGUUUUUUUUAACCAAAGUCCCACGACACCAGCCUGACAGGUGAAUGAGAGCGGCUGGCUCUACGAAAAUCUCUAUUCUGGCCACGGAAAUAAUCUGCGCGUGCAGAUGAUGACACCCUUAGACACACCCCAAGCCUCACCGCAAAUCUCCCAUUUUCAUCUCAUGAGGGCAUGUUUGCAUAGGAAGAAAGAGAUGAUGAGCGCAAGCGAGCAAGCGAAGUGGUUCCACCGGUGAACUUAUUCUAUUUCGGUUUUUUGUCCCUUUGAACGCGUGGCGGGGAGCUACGCUGUUGUGUAGGAUAUGAUGGCUUUUCCUUCUCUUUAUCUGUGCGGAAUGGAUGGGGCGGGGAAUGGGUAUUCUGAGGGAAGCACACUCGAUGGAAAGGAACAGAAUCGAAG